GGGAAGUGCAUGUGGUGAGUUUCGGAUGUGUAGUUCGAUAAGGGGUUGACGACAAGUUUCGCAAGGAUGUCCUUUGAAAGCGGCCCUCGUCCAAGCUUAUGCUAGCGACAGUACAAAUACACCUCGAGUUCUCGUUCAGGUCAAAUUGUCUGCCACCUGACCAAUACCUUUCCUCUGAAAGAGUCGGACGCCUCCCAUGUAAGUCAAGCGACAACCAUGGAGCAUCAUCAGCGCAAUGUCGAAGCACCGAAGGGACCCGCCAUCCUCGGGCAGCUCGUUGGUGCUUGGAGUCUCAAGAACGCGAAAGCGCACUCUGCCCACCGCGAGUUCUCCAUGCCCCUCGGCUCGCGUCCGCAAGGGUUACUUAUUUACAGCGACGACGGCUACGUGACAGCUUCCAUCGAAGCAGACUCAGACGCACCGGAAGCUGCGCCAUCGACGGUCCUGUACACGGGCCCAAUCGAGCUCACGCAUCCGUCAGCGAUGUACAUGGACUACGAGGGUUGCAUUCCGGAUGCAGUAUCGCUUGAACUCGUCCAAUCGGCGCUCCGAGAAGAAGAGCUGGGCACAGUUCUUGUCAAAGAGCUCAAGAUCAACGGCGAGGGCGCACACCGGACGCUUACAGUACGGACUACCUCGACUUGGCCUCAAGGAACUCAACAUGAACCUGUUACCCUUACUCUCACGUGGCAGCGGAAUCAGUCGCUGUCCCCGUGACCCUGCGUAGCUGCCGCCAUUUCAUGCUUCCACGCAACCAGUAUUGCUAAUAGAGCUUCUCGCCACUUUGCCUUUGUACCUCACCGAGCGCGCCUGCUUGCAUUCAGGUUCAUACCCU